GAGAAUAUCUCUGAAUUUAUUGGGAGACAACCAAGCUGACAUCUAUUUGCUAAUAAAGCUGAUUCAUACGAGUUUCCAAGCCAUGAACGUCGUACUUUCUCUGCUUACCUACGCCUUGGGCGCACUAGCAAUAUCGCUGGCGGCCCUGUGCUACUAUCUCAAUUCUAACUUCGACUACUGGAAGAAGCGAGGAGUGCCAUACCUGCAGCCCGAACCCUUCUUUGGAAAUGUGAGGGAGAUAACGCUCUUGAAGAAGUCCAUGGCGGACGUGUUAACCGGUCUCUACCGCCAUUUCGAGGGCAAGCGAUUCGCUGGGAUUUUUAUGUCCCGAACGCCGUCUAUGCUUUUGAUCGAUCCUGAACUCGUCAAGAACGUUCUAGUCAAGGAUUUCGGACACUUUCAGUUUACCACUGACGUGAUUGGCACCUGCGCGUUCGGCUUGCAACUGAACAGCAUGUCUGAGAGUGAAUCCGAGUUCCGUAAAAUGGGCAAGAAAGUGUUUGAUCCGUCUGUUAUAAACGACAUCCGCCGGUUCCUGGGACUACUCAUCCCGGCGCUUGCUAAGAGGCGCUGCGCAAGGAUGCGCUUCGGCCUGUUGCAAGCCAAAGUAGGACUUGCCGCCCUCGUCUCCCGCUACCAGUUCCAUGUGUGCGAGCGAACGAGUAUUCCGCUCACUAUUGAGCCCCGGACCAUCGUCACCAGCCCCAAGGGCGGCAUCUGGCUGCGAGUGUCUCCACGCAGCUAGAAUGCAUCGUCCGUUCCUUUUCCUUCUUGUUUAGUUAUUUAUUAUUAGUUAUUUACUUUAAAUUGUUGGUCAAUGUCAUUGUUCACAAAACGAAGGCUCGUUUCACUGUUUGAAAGGAAUUGAGAGGACGCUAGAUGCCAGAGAGAAAUUCAAAUGUAGACAUGGCUUAAAAUCAGGAUUGAUAUCUUUUUGGUGGAGAUGACCCAAUUAGAGAAUCGAUAUUGUGCGCACUUAUCUGCAAAUUGACCUACACACAAUUCUUAAGGUUCAGGUGCGAUAACUAUAUCUUCAAAUACUCAAAAUGGACGUAAAUGUCCUCGAUGGCGUGGGAUAAAGAGAUUUCAAUCAUACGAUUCGAACAUGUGGUCCAUGUUGGUUAUCUAAUGGGGUCAAGUGUUAAUGAAUAAUGUCAUUUACUAUUCAGUCUGGAUGGUGGACUCGAUAUGGAAACGUGAAAUUGUUUUCAUAUAUUUUUCAUGGAUAGAUAAUAUUGUAUGAGAACGGAUUAUUUAUUAAUUGAUUUUUAUUUAUUUAUUUAUUAUAUUUCAUAAUUUCAUAAUAUACGUUUUCUCAUAGAUUUAAUAACGAGUUUAUCAGAGGAUUUAAACUUCGCAAAGGUCUUUAUAGAGACCUGACUUGAUACUGACGUAUUGUAUGAGACAUUGUUGUUGUUAGUAUUCAUAUUGAAUAUUCCAUAUUUGUUACUCUAUAUAACAUAUUUAGAGAAUUGUUUCUUGAUAAUUAUGUCGAUAAAAUACUUUAUAUAAUAAAAAAA